AUGAAUCCGCACAUUCGCCCCUUUACAAAAUGGGAUGUAGCUUCCACCCACAAUGGAGAAAUCAGGUACUCGUCAAAAUACACGAUUGACAACCAGAACACUCAGAUGUUUAUUGGCCGUCCUGAAGGAACCUGUACUGUUAGCGUCACGACAGUGAAAAUCCGAUUACCAGAUAAAUACUUUGGUAUGUUUUUAGCCUAUGGCCAAGACCAAUACGGAAUAUCGCCUCACACUAUGAUCGCUCUCGCGGCUAAGGAAACAUUUGCUACCGCUUUAUACCCGAAUAACGACAACAGUUACUUUAUUGUUGAUGGUGAAGAUGAUUUUUUCGAUACGCUUUCGAAUGACAGUCUAUUUAUUGAUGGAAAUAAAGAUGGCCCCUUCCAGGUGGAAACGCCAGCCAUGGCAACCGAUGUUUCUGUUCUUCCUCAGCGAUUCUAUUUUGGAGACUCCUCAACCCCCGAAUCGCAGAGAAAGCCACAAUAUCUCUCAGAUAACGAACUCCUCGUAGACUAUAAUAAGUUCAGAGAAUACCACGACAGUGUUACGGGAGAUUUCUAUAAAGCUAUCGUGUUAUCCUGUCUGGAUCUUCACUUCCGUCAUAAUAUCAUUAUGCAGAUGACGAAGCAGGGAAUGCGGCCAGGAUGGGAUCUUCGAAAAGGAAAUGAAGAGAGCGAAGAUGCACUCGAAUUCGCAGCUGCAAUGUAUACCUACAACCGAGGCCUCUGGAGCCAAAUGGAUAUGUCGUCAUGCACACCUGAAAUGAAUCCUAUUACGGAUUGCAAACUGGAUGGAUAUGGUGGCCACAGUACCGAUAUCAAUGCUGCUUGUCAACUGCUCAAUCAGGCGACAGAGGUUUACGAUUUUUCAAUUAGUUUGAAUGAUGUGAUGUGGUUUAUCGAGAAACUGAAAGAAACAUAUCCCUAUUCUUCUGUAGAAGGAAUUCAUGGAGCAAUUCCUUGGGAUACCAUUCGCCAGAAUGUCAGAUCCAUUUAUCCCAUCAUUUUGAACCACCGAAAACAAAAAUCACCCUCUGCUUCAGGAAUUUCUUUCCGUUACGACUGGAGAUUGAUGCUUGCUGUAAUCCGAGCGCACUUGCCGAAGAAGGAAGAAUUUUACGGACCUACGCUUGAGAACAUGGUGAGGUGGUCAUUUAUGAAUCAGAUUUCUCCAGAGCCUCAUGAUUGGUCUUCGCUACCAUCUAGUCAGCUGCGGAACUAUUUAAAGCGAUAUGGAACGGUUUACAGCGAUGAUGAUUCUUCUCAAACUCCUGCACCUACAUCACCUCCUACAUCAAAACCCACUACGGCGCCUCCUACAUCAAAACCCACUACGGCGCCUCCUACAUCAAAACCCACUACGGCACCUCCUACAUCAAAACCCACUACGGCGCCUCCUACAUCAAAACCCACUACGGCACCUCCUACAUCAAAACCCACUACGGCACCUCCUACAUCAAAACCCACUACGGCACCUCCUACAUCAAAGCCCACUACGGCACCUCCUACAUUGCCUCCGCUUCCAUAUUGCGGAGAUGGUAAAUGCGAUGAAGGAGAGACAGUAUUCAAUUGUCCCCAAGACUGUAAGAGUUACCCAGAAAUGGAAUUGCCUGCUCCUUCUUGUGAGGGGUUAGCAAAUGGAGUCCACUGCUAUCCACAAAAUUGCUGCGACCGUUAUUUCAGUUGUCUCAAUGGAAGACUAUUUGGACCAGUAGAUCUACCAGCUGGCUACAUUUGUUAUGAGGGCUCUGAAAUCGAAGCAAACGAUGCGCGCUGCAAGGGUGUCAGUUGUCCCAAUGUGAUUCCUGCCUCUUGCGGAGAUGGCGUUUGUGAGAUAUAUGAGAGUUGUAGCAGCUGUCCUGAAGAUUGUGGACCUUGUAACACAGAUCCACCCCAGCCCGAACUUGAAGAAUGCGGUCCGAAUGAUAUCGGUUUUAUUUGCUAUCCUCACAACUGCUGCGGCUUUGUUCGUCAGUGUGUAUAUGGGGAGACAUCUCCUGUUUAUGCUGUUUUGGAUGGAGGACUGUGCUACAAUGGAAAUAUUAUCGAUAAGAAUGCUGAUGUUUGCAAGGGAAUCAGCUGUGAUAUUGCUCCAGGAGCGUAUUGUGGGAAUGGAAUAUGCGACGAAAAUGAAAAUUGCUGGAAUUGUCCUGAAGAUUGCGGAGUUUGCCCUACUUCAGCUCCUACCUCAAAGCCCACUACGCCUCCUACUUCAAAGCCCACUACGCCUCCUACUUCAAAGCCCACUUCACCACCUACCUCUAAACCCACAACAGCUCCCACGACUUCACCCACGACUCCACCAUCUAAUCGCGUGUUUUUGGGUUACUACACAAAUUGGUCGCAGUAUCGCGCUGGAACUUCCCAGUACUUCCCUGAAAAUAUCGAUCCCACCAAGUUUACGCAUCUUGUUUAUGCUUUUGCUUACAUCAAACGAGGAACCUGGGAGGUGGAGCAAGUGGAAUGGAAUGACGUGAAUGAAUGGCAGCCAACACAAGGUCUCUACUACCGAUUCAACAGACACGUUCACUCCAGAAACCCCUCUUGCAAAACGUUAUUGGCUUUCGGAGGAUGGAAUUUCAACUUCAAGGACGAAUACAAAGAUAUCUUCACAACGAUGGCCGAAUCGGCUGAAAACCGAGCAAAGUGUAUUAGUUCCAUCAUUAGCUGGGUGCGAAAGCAUGAAUUUGACGGAAUUGAUAUCGAUUGGGAAUACCCAGCCAAUGAACCCUUGGGAGGAAGACCCCAAGAUUAUGAAAACUAUGUAUACUUCAUUCGGGAAUUGAGAGCAGCGAUUGAAGCGGAGGCUGCCCGUACGGGAAAGCCGCGAUUGCUACUGAUUCUCGCGGUUGCUGCUGGAUAUGAUAAAAUCGAAGCUGGAUACGAUGUUCCGAAUCUGGUGAAUGAGGUUGAUUUUGUGGAUGUGAUGGCUUAUGAUCUUCAUGGACAGUGGGAGAUGAAGACAGGAGCAGCGAGCGGUUUGUAUCCUCCUUCCAACUACGAGCCGGGAACGUUGGAAGAGUACUACACGGGAGACUAUGCCAUCCAGACCUGGAUUGCGAAAGGAAUGCCUCGAAACAAGAUCGUCAUGGGAUUGGCUGCCUAUGGACGAGGCUGGACACUUGCUAGUAGUGCUCCUGGUCAGGGAAUCGGCGCAGAAGCAAUUCGAGGAUGUGAACCCAUGAAAGACACACAGCAGGAGGGUGUGCUCAACUAUAUUGAAGCGCUAACGGUCAUCGCUGCAGGAGGCCAGGUGACUUAUGACGAAGCAACGACAACGAUGUAUGUGCAGAAAGGAGAUCAAUGGUACUCUUAUGAAGAUCCCUAUUCCAUUGUAAAGAAGGUUGACUACAUCAAGGAGCAAGGAUUGCUGGGAGCUAUGAUCUGGGCUGUGGACAAUGACGAAUUCUAUAACGGAAACCCGAUCAUUAGCGCCAUCUAUAACAAUCUGUUUACUGCUACAGCUAGAGCAGGCGAUGAGAAUGGAAACAAUGCAUCGAAACCUUCUGUUUUUGGAAUUGUCAUGAUGGUCAUCGCGGUGGUUGCAGUGGUUGCAGUGGUGGCUAUGGGAUACUUUAUUUAUCGAAGUCGGCAUGUUGAACUGCCUAUCGAAAAGAAACCCAAGGCGUUGAAACGCACAACCAGUAUUUAA